AGGAGCGAAAGAGAGGGGCGACUGGCGGCCGAGUGGGAGGGGGAGCGGAAUUGGAACGGGAACAAGAUGCCGCUGCUAUUUACGGGCUUCAACGCAUUUGGCCAGCAUGAAUGUAAAUAAAUACGACAGUCUCGACUCAGAACCAGUGCACGAUUUCGGUCGGCUGGCGGUAUGCGGCCCUUGCUUUCGGCCGGAAGUUGUUUCUGCGUGGGCUCUUGGAUGAUGGCCCAAAUGAGUGCGUGACCCAUGAAGCAGCGGGGGACAUUAAGGCCAUGGCUGCCGGGGAUUCCUACUGCCUCGUUCUGCUGCACAACGGCCAACUGUACCGAGUGCAACCCAGACUACAGGCGGAACUACUGUUUGUGAGAUUAGAAGCUCCUCCCCGAUCCAAUUCGGGAACAAAGCGCUCUAUCUUUGGGAUUCCCAAGGCGCCCUCGUCGCCAAUAAUCGAGCAUAUUGCCUGCGGAUCGCACAUAAACGUUGCGAUUAGCUCGGAAAACUCGGUGUACAGCAUUCCUAGUUGCCUACACCAGUUUUCCGAGCGCCAGUUUCGGGUGAAGCAGCUCCAAUGUGGAUUUGAGCAUGCGGUGCUCCUCAAUGUCAACGGCGAUGUGUUUACCUGGGGAAACGGACUACGCGGCCAGUUGGGCCAGGCCGUGCUGAGAGUGGAGGAGACGCCACAGUUGGUAGAGGCGCUGGCGGGGAUCAAGAUAACUCAAAUUGCUGCCGGUGGAUGGCACAGUGCGGCCAUAUCCGCCUUCGGAGACCUCUACACCUGGGGCCUCAACUGCAGCGGUCAGCUGGGAAUGCGUGUGAUGAAACCCGGGGGCUUGCUCAAAGAGCCCACUGUCUAUCCGCUGCCGCAAUUGCAAGACCUGCCCGAGUGUGGCUGCCCCCAGGAGUCGAGGGGCAGCGAUGACUGUGCACCACUGAGGGCGUUCGCCGGUUCUCGUCACACUCUGAUGAUCCGGCAGUGCGGGCGGCUAUGGGCCACUGGUUGGUGCAAGCACGGCCAGCUGGGGAAGCGGCUCCAAAACCUGUCUUACCUGGACUCUUUUAAGGCUCUGGAGGGAAUCGUGGUGAACCCCAGUUCCGAUAACGUUCUUUGCGGUCCCUGGUCAACUCUAAUCUUUUUAAGAAAACUGGAGAACUGAAAUCCCAAAACUUUCAGGCUGUGAUACUUUUAUAGCAAUUUGUACUUAAGUUAUUGAAUGCUUAUUAAAAAUUCCAUCAUCUAUAUACCCAAUCCA